AUGUCAUCGGACAACGCGCUGGCCGCUCAAAAGCGUAACCUACCUCUCCUCGCCACGGGCGAAAACACCGAGGGCCGCACAUACAUCGUGACCGGCGCUAACACCGGCCUGGGCUUCGAGGCAGCCAAGCAUCUCGCUUUGCUCGGCGCCUCCAAGGUCAUCCUGGCCGUCCGCAACACGACCACUGGCCAGGCCGCCAAGCAAGAGAUUGACACGGCUGCGGGGACGGUGGGCAAGAACGUCGUCGAAGUCUGGCCACUCGACCUGUGCAGCUACGAUAGCGUCAAAGCGUUCGCCAAGCGGGCCGAGGCCGAGUUGGAGAGAAUCGACGGGCUCCUUGAGAAUGCGGGCCUUGCACAGGCGCGUCGCGAGAUGGCUGAGGGCCACACUGUGCAGGUUACCGUCAAUGUCCUGAGCACGUUCUUGUUGGCCGUGUUGCUGCUGCCGGUCAUGAGCAGGAAAGGGAAGACAUCUGGAAACCAGUCGCGCUUGACUAUCGUAACGAGUAGCAUGGGGUUCACGGUGAAGGAUCAGUGGGAGAAGAUCACCAAGGACCCAUUGACAGGUAUGGAUGAUGAAGGUUUGCAUUUUAUGCAGACGUACUCGCUUACGAAGCUGGUCGAGAACCUUGUCGUUCACCACCUCGCCCAGUUGUUGCCAGUCGAGAAGACGGGUGUUAUUAUCAACACCGUCUGUCCCGGCCUCUGUGUGACUAACCUUGGCCGGGAUGCACCACCCGAUGUCAUGGACAAUCUUCGCCAGCUCCACAUCCUAUAUGGUCGCUCGUCUGAGGACGGCAGCCGGACACUGUUGCACGGGGUUGUCGGAGGCAUCGAGACUCACGGGAAGUAUCUUGACUCUUGUGAGAUUGCUGAGGAUACCGUCAUGCCCGGCUGGGCGAAAAACGAGGAUAUGCAGAAGCGAACUUGGGAUGUCAUUGCAAAGGAGCUGGAGGCUGCUGAUCUCGGCUGUGUAGCCAAGAUGCUAGAGUGUGCUGUUUAA